UGAGACUUCCACGGCACCCCAUUUAACGUUUUCACUUUCCCCAUUCAUUCCUUUUCUUCCUAUCUCCUAUUCUCCUCCUCUCUCUCAGUGAUUGCGGGAUUCAAGUUUCGAUUACUAGUCGUCCUCUGUUAGUAAAAUUGAUCAAUGGAUCCAAUGAGAUCGUCGCACUGGUGCUAUGGUUGCAGUCGGUUCGUUACGAUUCUGGGUCAUGAUGCGGUCAUGUGCCCUAAUUGCGGCGGCGGAUUCGUCGAAGAAACCGGCACCACACCUUCUCGAUCUCCGACUCCAUACGUAUCGAGCCCCCGACCCCGUCGAAACAGACUCAAUGGCGGAGAUCGGUCACCUUUCAACCCCGUCAUCGUCCUAAGGGGACCUCCCGACGGCGGGGGCGGAAAUGAUGGUAUUGCGGCGCCUGAGAGAGGUAACUUCGAGCUCUUUUACGAUGAAGGUGCAGGGUCGGGUCUUCGGCCGCUCCCCGCCGGUAUGUCCGAAUUCUUGAUGGGGUCGGGGUUCGAUCGGCUGCUUGAUCAAUUGUCGCAAUUGGAGUUUAACGGUGUUGGUAGAUUUGAGCAACCUCCGGCUUCGAAGGCUGCAAUAGAGUCUUUGCCUAUUGUGAAGAUCGUUGCUGGCCAUGUUAACGCUGAAACGCACUGCGCUGUUUGUAGAGAACCAUUUGAGCUGAACACUGAUGCGCGGGAGAUGCCUUGUAAGCAUAUUUACCACUCCGAUUGUAUUCUCCCUUGGUUGUCGAUCCGCAAUUCGUGCCCACUUUGUCGACAGGAAUUACCAUCGGAGAACCAUACAAGCGGGACGAAUUCGCCUGCUGGAGAAGAAGAAACAGUAGGGCUGACGAUAUGGAGACUCCCAGGGGGUGGAUUCGCUGUGGGCAGGUUUACUGGUGGGAUAAGAGCUGCCGAGAGGGAGCUUCCGGUUGUUUUUACGGAGAUGGAUGGUGGAUUUAAUGCUGGUGCUGCUGUUGGUGGAGGAGCUGGUGUUCCAAGAAGAAUUCUGUCGGCGCCAAGCGGGAGGAGAUCGCGGGGAAGUAGUAGAUUGCGUAGUGCUUUUCGCAGUUUCUUUUCCGUCUUUAGGAGAAGGGAGGUUUUUUCUCAGCAAAGAAGUGUGGCUAAUGCGGCCUUGGAAUAGAGCCAUUAAGAAGUGUAACUGCAUCUUGACACUGAUGGUAUAACUGUUGAGUUCUUCAUCUAAUUAAAAGAUAGAUUUUUUGCGGGGCAUAUGAUUCACUUACUGUAAAUAAUAGAAUCUGAAAAGGAAUUAAGGAUUGCUCAGUUUAAAUUCUGUGAAAAAGAGAAAUUUUGAUUUGGUUGAAGAUAGUCAAUUUGUAGAAGAAGAUGAUGAUGAGAAAGAAUGCUAUGGAGAGCCAGAGUGGGCCUUUAGAAGUUGUCAAGUCACAAAAUCUGGUGUGUGAGUGGCUAAGUGCCUCUACCAAGUUUAAUUGCAGCAGCUUCAUAUAUGCAAAUACUUUGCAACACUUUAUGGAUGGCUUUGAGUCAUUGGAUUUCAUAACAAGACCAUUGUGUCUCUCCUCAGUGCCCUUGUGUUUCUUUAUCAUGCCUUCUACUCAAUUUGCCAAAUCUAUGAAAGACAGCUUGUCUACCCUGACUUCUUGUUUGAAUUAUCUAGAACAUGUGAUUCGUUAUGAGGUCUCAAAUCUCCUCUCCUCAUAUUUCAUUCGAAGACAGAGCUUGAGGUUUGGAAUGGGGCCAUAGCCGGUUCUUAAUUUUAUGUAGAUAUAAAAGGAGUAAAAUUUGGAUUUCUGGAACUCUUAUAAAUUCAAGUUUAAAUUGCAAUCAAGUAAGUAGGCCAUCUAUUGUAAUCUGUUUCUUGUACAAAGAGCUUGAAUUGCAAUAUCACAUCAACUGUUUACUGA